ACCGAUCGGUACCUUCCACGAUCCCACAGAGUAUCAGCCCCGGCGAGCGAGGAAAAAAAUAAUCGUGUGGAAUACUGCAUAUAUAAACGGCUGCCCAGAGAAAAAGCUAGUUAUAAACGCCAAAAGUGGAAGAUUGAAGAAGUGAGAAUCCAGUGCAAACACUCUGGAGAAAGAAAUGGCGAUGAGGGCGUCAACAGAUCUUAAGGAAGCACACUCUGGAGAAAUUUUCCUAGAGCACAAAAGGAAGAAGAAAUGGGCUGAUGAGAAGACUGGCCAUUCUUGCUUCAUGUUGUACGCAAGGUCACUCUAUAUCACUUGGGGUAAUAAAGAACACUGGAUUUGGAAUUGUUUCAAGGAAACAAGUGAGGAAAACAUUGAAGUAGCAAAACUGUCGCAUGUUUGUUGGCUGGACGUGAGAGGAAAACUGAACAUGUCAGAGCUGUCGCCAAAAGUUGUCUAUGAAAUUGUGUAUUUAGUCAAGUUGACAAAUGGGGCCUCUGGGUGGGAACUCCCUAUCGUACUUAAACUUUCACUCCCAGAUGGAAGAACUCAAGAACGCCAAUUAAGCCUUUCGGAGAAGCCUAGAAAACAAUGGAUAGAGCUCAACGUCGGCAACUUCCAGACCGAGAAUGGAGGAUCGGGAGAAGUGUGCUUCGAUAUUUAUCAGCAUGGAGGACAUUGGAAAAACGGACUCAUAAUUAAAGGAGCCGUCGUUAGGCCAAAACAGACGACGACUCGGUGAAUAUUGAUCACUCGAAUAAAAUGUCCAUCGUUUUUAAUUAACAUGAGACAUGUGCGCUGAUGAUCAUAAUCCAUAUAUGCUUGUAUGUAAGAUUACAUUUCCAAACAAUAAGAUUAGCAUAUUUUUCAUAAGAUUAUAUAUAUGCAGAUAGAAAUGAAAAGGAAGAUGCAUGCCUACAACCACAAUGUUUUUGGAAUAUGUACGUUAAUAAAGCUUUAUGCAAAUUAUUAAGGUGAACGGUUGA